UUGAAUUUGGAACAAAAAAGUUCCUAUAAAUAUAGGUGCGAAAACGCUUUGUUUUUGGAAUAUAUUAUACUUAAACUAUAUAAUAUAUAGAAGUCUGUGGUUACCGCACAGAUACCACUCGUACCGAGGGUUUUGGAACGAUCUGUGAUAACCAAGAUAGAGUUUUGGAACGCACCCCUGAAUGUAUGUAUAUUCAACACGCGCAUGUGCGAGAAAAAGCGUCUCUGAAAACAGCACCGCAUGUAUGAUUUGGCGGCAACUGGCGACAACGCAAAACGCAAUCCCAAACAGAAAAAAUAUUGUAUUCAAUUGUGUGCUUCUUAAUUGUUUAAAACAAAUUAAUUUGUAAAUAUGGGUAUUACUGGUUUGCUACCAUUCUUAGAAAAGUCUUCUAAAAAGACGAACGUUAGAGAAUUUUCCGGUAGUGCUGUCGCGAUCGAUUCUUAUUGUUGGUUACACAAAGGUGUAUUUUCUUGUGCUGAGAAAUUAAUGAUGGGACAGACAACAAAUGCGUAUGUUCUGUAUUGUAUGAAGUAUAUAGACAUGCUUUUAAAGUAUAAAAUAAAACCAAUCUUGGUAUUUGACGGUCGACGAUUGCCUGCUAAGGAACACACGGAGAUUAAAAGACGACAAAACAGACAAAUAAAUCGUCAAAAAGCAAUCGAGUUAAUACAAAUGGGUCAAGUUGCAGAGGGAAAAAACUUGUUGAAACGAGCUAUAGAUAUUACUCAUGAAAUAGCAUUAGAAUUAAUUAAACAUUGCCAGAAGGAGAACAUUGAUUGUAUUGUAGCUCCUUAUGAGGCAGAUGCACAAUUAGCAUAUUUAAAUAUUAGUGGUAUAGCUGAUGUUGUUAUCACGGAGGAUAGUGACCUGACAUUAUUUGGAUGUAAGAAAAUAUUUUUCAAAAUGGAUUUUAAUGGAAAUGGCGUUUUGAUUGAGCAAGACCGAUUACAUUUAGCGAUGAAUAUACAACCGGAGGAGUUUAAUAUGGAUAAAUUUCGUUACACUUGUAUUUUGUCUGGUUGCGACUAUCUCCCUUCACUUCCUGGUAUCGGAUUGGCAAAAGCGCGAAAAUUUAUCGCGAGAAAUACAGAUCAUAAUAUACAUAGAGCGUUGACACGUAUAGGAUCAGUACUCAACAUGAAAUCGCUGGUUGUAACACAGGAAUAUAGAGAUGCAUUUAUAUUGGCAGAUAUAACAUUCAAACAUCAAUUAGUGUUCUGUCCAUUACAAAGGAAGCAAAUAAGAUUAAAUCCACCCACAGUUGACAUUACCGAGGAUCAAUUACAAUAUGCCGGUAAAAAAUUAGAUGCUGAUCUUGCUUUGCAAUUAGCCCUUGGCAAUUGUGAUCCAUCCACUUUAAAAAUAGUUCACGAUUUUAAUCCAGAUAAAAUCGAGCGUAAAAGGAAGCGAGACACAGAAGCAGAACAAACAUUGACAAUUCACAUUAGCAUUUGGUCAAGCAAAUAUAAGUUAAAAACGAAAAAUCAUGUCUUAUUUUCCAAAAAUGCAGUAAAUUCAUCGAUUAUCGCUAAAAAAGAGAUGGCUCUACAAAGAAAUCUUUUAAAUAAUGAACAUACUUCAUCAGAAUUGCAUAAUAGUAUGAUUGUGUCAUGCAAUAGGCUUUCAGAAUGUCAGGAUUCAAACGAAAAUGCUAUUUUGGAUAUGUAUAAUUCCAGUCAAGAUGCUAACCUAAUUUCCAGUCCUGAAAAGAAAGCAGAAGAAUAUUUAUGCUUUGCAGAAAAUAAUACAUCACCAGAAUUAUUUAAAUUCAGAAAUCCAUUUGUUAAACGAGUAUCCGAUCUCACAACUUCGCCGAGUGUUUUGUCCAACGGAAAUUGUCGAAGAAAAGGAAAAAAUUUAAUGCAUAUACGACGCACUAUCAUAAAUGAAAAUAUUAUAAUAGAAAGCAAAUAUUUCUCAAAACAAGUUAAUGAAAAGCAUAAUGAAUUGGAAAAUAAGAAAAUUGAUGUCGAUUUGGAAAAUAUGGAAUGUAAUGUAAUUCCAGAAACAAGCGACAGUAUAUGCAAUAUUAGAGCUAAUACUGAACCACUAGGUCAAAAACUAGAAACAUUAUCUAUAGCAGUCCAUCCAGAAAUUGCAAACUCGGUAAAAGAUAUCGAUGAUACAAUCUUAUCAGAUCAAAAUGAAUAUUUGACUAAUACUUGUGAAGAUGUUUCUGAAAAAUCGUACUUUAAUUACAACCCAACUGAAAUUUCACAUUGUACAACAAUUGAUAAAGAUUGUGGUUUAGAUGAAUUUUUAUUAUUGAGUUCUAAUAUGGAAGCUGCUAAUAAUUCAAUUAAUUACGGAAAUACGAACAAUUUGCAAGAUAAUUUAUCCGAAUGCUCAAAUAUUGAAGAUCCUCAAAUCUCUUCGCAGAAGAAAGAAAUUUUCAAAAAACGAAGUUCAGUGAAUCUGGUACCACGAGUUAAUUCAAUAACGAAAAAAAAACAAUUGCGUCAAAAUAAACAAUUAUCAUUAGUUUCAAAACAACAAAGUUUAUUGAGUAUGUAUGGAUUCCAAAAAAGAUAAGAGGGAUUUAUGAAUACUGACUUAAACAAUAUUAAACGGGUCAUAUUCAUCAUUUUGAGAAAGUCUGGGUGUUUAAUCAAUAUUUUUGUAAGUAUCAAGAUGUGUUCUUCAAAUGCGUCUUAAAAUAUUGUAAAU